CCUAGAAAAACUCUGCCGAAUUUUACCCUUCUACACUGAGCCGUUUUCCGGGUCUAAGGUCACCGGGAAAUGGCUUUCCGGCGAGUAUCUACCACUGUAAUUCUCUUCUGCUACUUACUAAUUUCAUCUCAAUCUCUAGAAUUCAAAAAACCCCACAAGAUCGAAGGACCAAUCAAGACUAUAGUCGUUGUAGUCAUGGAGAAUCGCUCUUUCGAUCACAUCCUCGGUUGGCUCAAAUCGACCCGACCCGAAAUCGACGGAUUAACCGGUAAAGAGUCAAAUCCACUCAACGUCUCCGAUCCAAAUUCCGAAAAGAUCUUCGUCUCCGACGACGCCGUCUUCGUAGACAUGGAUCCGGGUCAUUCAUUCCAAGCGAUCCGAGAACAGAUAUUCGGGUCGAACGAUACAUCCGGCGACCCGAAAAUGAACGGAUUCGCUCAACAAUCGGAGAGUAUGGAGCCAGGAAUGGCUAAGAACGUGAUGAGCGGAUUCAAACCCGAAGUCUUACCUGUUUACACCGAGUUAGCGAACGAGUUCGGAGUUUUCGAUCGGUGGUUCGCAUCAGUACCGACUUCGACUCAACCGAAUCGAUUCUACGUUCACUCAGCUACUUCUCAUGGAUGCUCAAGCAACGUGAAGAAAGAUCUCGUUAGAGGGUUUCCUCAAAAGACGAUCUUUGAUUCGUUAGAAGAGAACGGACUCAGUUUUGGGAUUUAUUACCAAAACAUUCCUGCUACGUUCUUCUUCAAGUCUCUUCGUAGGCUUAAACAUUUGGUGAAGUUUCAUAGCUAUGCGCUUAAGUUCAAGCUUGACGCUAAGCUUGGGAAGCUUCCGAAUUACUCUGUUGUGGAACAGAGAUAUUUCGAUAUCGACCUUUUUCCGGCUAAUGAUGAUCAUCCGUCGCAUGACGUGGCAGCUGGUCAACGGUUUGUUAAGGAAGUUUAUGAGACGUUACGAAGCAGUCCACAGUGGAAAGAGAUGGCUUUGCUCAUAACUUAUGAUGAACACGGUGGGUUUUAUGACCAUGUUCCCACGCCGGUUAAAGGUGUGCCUAACCCUGAUGGUAUCAUUGGACCUGACCCGUUUUACUUCGGGUUUGACCGAUUGGGUGUUCGGGUCCCUACCUUUCUGAUCUCUCCCUGGAUUGAGAAGGGCACUGUGAUACAUGAACCUGAUGGUCCAACACCACAUUCACAGUUUGAGCAUUCUUCUAUACCUGCAACGGUGAAGAAACUCUUCAACCUAAAGUCUCACUUCCUGACCAAGAGAGAUGCAUGGGCUGGUACAUUUGAGAAAUACUUCCGUAUCCGAGAUUCUCCUCGCCAAGAUUGUCCAGAGAAACUGCCGGAAGUGAAACUAUCGCUGAGGCCAUGGGGAGCAAAAGAAGACUCAAAGCUCUCAGAAUUCCAGGUGGAGCUGAUCCAACUGGCCUCUCAACUUGUUGGAGAUCAUCUCCUAAACUCAUAUCCAGACAUUGGGAAGAACAUGACAGUAAGUGAAGGCAACAAAUACGCAGAGGACGCUGUUCAGAAGUUUCUGGAAGCAGGGAUGGCUGCACUGGAAGCAGGAGCAGACGAAAACACUAUAGUCACUAUGAGGCCAUCUCUGACAACCCGGACCAGUCCCAGUGAAGGGACCAACAAGUAUGUUGGAAGCUACUGAAAUCAAUAAUUGAAGAAAUGGAUUAUAUGUAAAUAAUAUAUGUGGUCUUCUCAUGUACCCAAAAAAGUAUAUAUACUUAGUAUGUAAUGGAUCAAAGAAUAUACGGUAACGUAAUGU